CGAAAUAUAAUUAAAAAAUAAAACAGAUUAACUGCCAUUUCCAUUUUCAUCAGAACCUGCUCUCUCUCUCUCUCUCUCUAUAUAUAUAUAUAUAUAUAUAUAUUCAUUCAUUUUUCAGCUCCUAUUUCUUGUUACUUCCUACCUUCAGAAUUCCUUGAAGCAGAAGGACCAGAAACAGAGGAAAGAUGUCUUCAAUAGUGAAAGGCACACUCUUAAGAACCACACCAGAUUUGAGCAACAAUAAUGGGAUUUUGAAUGGGAACAAGCAUGUGCCGCAGAUUGGUGGGAGAAGAGCCACAAAACUUCAGUGGCAAGACUUGCAGGUUCGAGUUAAAUCAAAUUCGAUUCGAGGACAAGCGAUCCUCAACCCAGCAACACCACCGUCAGCAACACCAUCACCAUCGCCACCAGCCACACCAAAAGCCAUCACAAAGCGGGCAUUCACUUUUGGCAAAGGUAAAAGUGAAGGAAACAAGGCCAUGAAGUCCUUGUUGGGAGGAAAAGGGGCCAACUUGGCAGAAAUGGCAACCAUUGGUUUAUCUGUGCCCCCUGGACUCACUAUAUCAACUGAAGCAUGUCAAGAGUAUCAAGAUAAUGGAAAGAAGAUACCAGAAGGCUUGUGGGAUGAGAUACUUGAAGGCCUGGAUUUUGUGGAGAAUGAAAUGAAGGCUGCUCUUGGGAAUCCUUCCAAACCUCUCCUCGUCUCAGUGCGGUCUGGUGCUGCGAUAUCCAUGCCUGGAAUGAUGGACACAGUUCUCAAUCUUGGAUUGAAUGAUGAAGUGGUUGCUGGGUUGGCUGCGAAAAGUGGGGAGCGGUUUGCUUACGAUUCUUUUAGACGUUUCAUAGACAUGUUUGGAGGCGUUGUAAUGGACAUUCCACACUCGUUGUUUGAGGAGAAGUUAGAAAAGCUCAAGAAUUCAAAAGGUGUUAAACUCGACACUGAUCUAACAGCCACUGAUCUCAAAAAUCUGGUUGAGCAGUACAAGAAUGUCUACUUUGAAGCUAAGGGAGAGAAGUUUCCCUCAGAUCCAAAGAAGCAGCUAGAGUUAGCUGUUAAAGCUGUUUUUAACUCUUGGGAUAGCCCAAGGGCUAUUAAGUACCGAAGCAUUAAUCAGAUAACAGGGCUAAUGGGAACUGCAGUGAACAUUCAAUCCAUGGUAUUUGGUAAUAUGGGGAAUACUUCCGGAACUGGUGUUCUAUUCACUAGAAAUCCAAGCACUGGGGAAAAUAAACUUUAUGGAGAGUUUCUGAUCAAUGCUCAGGGAGAGGAUGUAGUUGCUGGAAUCAGAACACCUCAAGAUUUGGAGACCAUGAGAACUUGCAUGCCAGAAGCUUACAAGGAACUUGUGGAGAACUGUGAAAUUCUAGAGAAACAUUACAAGGAUAUGAUGGAUAUUGAGUUCACUGUUCAAGAAAACAGGCUGUGGAUGUUGCAAUGUAGAACUGGAAAGCGUACCGGUAAAGGUGCAGUGAAAAUAGCUGUAGAUAUGGUUAAGGAGGGACUUGUUGAUACUCGUUCCGCCAUCAAGAUGGUAGAGCCACAACAUCUGGAUCAGCUACUUCACCCACAGUUUGAGGAUCCAUCUACUUACAAGGACAAAGUGAUUGCCACUGGCUUGCCUGCAUCCCCUGGAGCUGCAAUAGGGCAAGUUGUGUUCACAGCUCAUGAUGCUGAAGAAUGGCACGCACAAGGAAAAAAUGCCAUCUUGGUGAGGACAGAGACAAGUCCAGAGGACAUUGGGGGUAUGCAUGCAGCUGCUGGAAUUUUGACAGCUAGAGGUGGUAUGACUUCUCAUGCUGCUGUCGUAGCGCGUGGAUGGGGAAAGUGUUGUGUUUCUGGCUGCUCUGAUAUCCAAGUAAAUGAUGUUGAGAAGGUGGUUGUAAUCGGGGGUAAGAUGAUAACGGAAGGCGAUUGGCUCUCGCUGAAUGGAUCCACAGGUGAGGUGAUACUGGGAAAGCAAGCACUUUCUCCUCCUGCUCUAAGUGAAGAUUUGGAAACUUUCAUGUCUUGGGCUGAUGAAAUAAGAAAUCUGAAGGUUUUGGCAAAUGCUGACACACCUGAAGAUGCUCUAGCUGCAAGAAAAAAUGGUGCACAAGGGAUUGGACUUUGCAGGACAGAACACAUGUUUUUUGCUUCAGAUGAAAGGAUAAAGGCUGUGAGAAGGAUGAUAAUGGCCGUUACGCCGGAGCAGAGGAAAGCUGCACUAGACUUGUUGCUACCAUAUCAGAGAUCAGAUUUUGAGGGAAUCUUUCGUGCAAUGGAUGGCCUCCCAGUGACAAUCCGAUUGUUAGAUCCUCCACUUCAUGAAUUUCUUCCAGAAGGUGACUUGGAGCAUAUUGUGAGUGAACUAACUUCCCAAACAGGCAUGAAAGAAGAAGAAAUCUUCUCAAGGAUUGAAAAACUAUCAGAAGUGAAUCCCAUGCUCGGUUUUCGUGGCUGCAGGCUAGGAAUCUCAUACCCAGAAUUGACUGAGAUGCAGGCCCGUGCAAUUUUUCAGGCUGCUGUUUCAAUAAGUAACCAUGGUAUUACAGUUCUUCCUGAGAUCAUGGUUCCACUUAUCGGUACACCUCAGGAAUUAAGGCAUCAAGUGAGCGUAAUCAGAAAUGUUGCUGAGAAAGUGUUCUCUGAGAUGGGUUCCUCUCUAAGCUAUAAGGUUGGAACUAUGAUUGAAGUUCCAAGAGCUGCGCUUGUUGCAGAUGAGAUUGCAAAGGAGGCAGAGUUCUUUUCAUUUGGAACCAAUGACCUUACUCAGAUGACAUUUGGAUACAGUAGAGAUGAUGUUGGCAAAUUUCUUCCUAUAUACCUAGCCAACGGGAUUUUGCAGCAUGAUCCAUUUGAGGUAAUUGACCAGAAAGGUGUGGGUCAACUCAUCAAACUUUGCACAGAAAAGGGUCGUGCCGCAAGACCAAAAUUAAAGAUUGGAGUAUGUGGAGAGCAUGGUGGGGAACCUUCUUCUGUUGCAUUCUUUGCUCAACUUGGGCUUGACUAUGUAUCAUGUUCUCCUUUUAGGGUUCCAAUUGCUAGGCUAGCGGCAGCUCAAGUAGAAGUUUAAGAGACAAUGCAAAUAAUAGUGUGGUUUGAAAGAACAUGUUCAUAAGAAAUGGGGUCAGAUGAAGGAAAGCUACUAACAUGCUUAUGGAAGUGAAAGAAAGGGAAAUUGAUAGACAAAUCUUUGGAGAUAAAAAUAAAGACAAUGGCGAAAACAUUGUGUGCAAAGAUUCAUUCAAUGUUUCUUUAGUGAUUUGAUUGCAUAAUGUGUCUUGGUAUAUUUCUUGUAUGAGACACUUGUGUUGACAUAUUGGUAUGUCAUGCCAUAAAAUAAGAUUGGUUAUGUCAAGAUCUUGUACAUGUUCUAUUUUAUCACUAAUAAAAUCUUUGAAAGUUUCUUCAA